AUGCUACCAAAUAGCCAAAUCCCAAUCGUGGACUCCCACAUCCACCUCUUCCCAGAAACGCACCUAAAGACCCUAUCCUGGCACAAUACCAACAACCCACUCGGCACACAACACAGCGUAAACGAAUAUCGACACGCAGUAACACAAGCCAACGCCACACCCGCCCUCCGAGGCUUCAUAUUCCUAGAAACAGACCGACUAUCCUCCAUCACCGACUCAACCAAGCCACCCAACAACGGCUGGCAACACGCCCUGGAUGAAGUCUCCCUCCUAACCCGCAUAGCCCUCGGCACACCAAUCCCAGGCGAGGGCCACGUCCCGCACGACAAAACGCUCUGUCUGGGGAUUGUGCCGUGGGCGCCUGUGCCCGGCGGACCGGAUGUGCUGAGCGCGUACAUGGAGCAGGUCCGCCGCCGCACUGGGGAGGAGGUUUGGGGGAAGGUUAGGGGAGUUCGGUAUUUGGUGCAGGAUAAGGCUGAGGGGAUGAUGCUGGAGAACGGGUUUGUUGCUGGGUUGAGGUGGUUGGGGAGGGAAGGGUUUGUUUUUGAUCUUGGGGUUGAUGCUAGGUCUGGUGGGUUGGGACAGUUGAGGGAGGCGGUUGAGAUGAUGGGGUUGGUUUAUGGGGGGUUGGAGGGGGGUGAUGGGGUUACGAUUGUUAUUAACCAUUUGUGCAAGCCUAACCUUCGUUUGGAGUCGGAUGAUAUUCGCUCUCAUCCGGAGUUCCUUGAGUGGAAGGAUCUUGUGACUGAGAUGGCGAGGGCGAGUUCUAGGACUUAUAUGAAGCUUUCUGGGGCUUUUUCGGAGCUUCUACCGCUACAGGCGGAGUCAGAACCGGAUUUCGAGGCAAUUGUUGAACGUGUGCAGCCGUGGACGGAUGUUAUUUUUGACGCUUUCGGGGCCGAUCGUGUUAUGUUUGGAUCGGAUUGGCCGGUGUGCAAUAUUGGCGGUGGUGGGAAUGAUGUCUCUUGGGGUCGAUGGAGACGUGUGGUGGAAAAGGUCUUGGAACGGCGAGGAUUAUCGGGGGAACAAAAGAGAGGUGUAUGGGGAUCUGUUGCUUUGCAUGCCUAUGGUAUAGAGAUCUAG